AUGGCAUCACCUUUAACCUUACAGGUCUCUGUGGCGCCGGUUGGGAUGAAGUUCACAGCAUUCCCCACAUAUAGGGCCGGCGCUGUCGCCUGCCCAAACGCCGGUUUCCUCGGGACGGGACUAAAGACAGCAGCCCCUUGCCAGGCGGACGGCGCGCGACACGAGUCCCGUGCACUGAACAUUGAACUGUGGCCACUGGUUAGGGUCGCAGAGCCUCGUGUUCAAGCAUGGUCAAACGUCGCGUUACAAGGAUGGCGCGGUGAGCCCUGUUCGCCGGUCCGGUCCCGCGUUGUUCUCGGUAAGGCAUGGCGGCUUGUGAUCAGCCCCCGGUUGAUGACGCGGCGCGUCCCUCUGGACCACCAAGGACAUCGCACCCUUUACCACUCCGGAGGACCAGCUAACAGUACUUAG